AUGACAGAAAGACAUCUCUCGAUCACAACGCAGAUCGCGACUCCUAUACAAGCCUCGCUCAAUUCUGCCGUGCUAUUCUCAGCAAACGAUGCGCCUCUCGUCGUCGCCGAGUCGGUAGACGAGGAGCCUUACACGAUCAAGUGUAUCUGCGACUAUAACGACGACGAUGGAAACACGAUAUACUGCGAGACGUGCGACACAUGGCAGCACAUUGAAUGUUUCUAUCCAGGGCGCGUUGACGAUGCGUCGAAACCAGACUUUGAUCACUCUUGUACCGAUUGCAAACCUCGAAUUCUCGAUGGGCGCUUUGCGACCGAGCGUCAGCGAGACCAGCGGCAGAACAAGACAGUCAACGAAAACGGUGAUAGAAAGGCGAAACGCCCGCCGUCGAAAAGCCACAAAAAGAAACCUAAGCCUUCCGAGUUACAGGUAAAUGGCAUUGGUGAGCAAGACGGCCACAAGAAUGGCAGUCCUCAAGAUCAUCACCCACCCACGAAGAAAGCGAAGGGCCACCGGUCCACCCACUCGAUCAACUCCCAAGCCAAACGUUCUCCCCCUCUACAUCAGCGUCCGAAUAAUCACAUUCAUCCUCCAAGCCCUGCCCACACACCGCCGGACCUACCCCACGACUUCCAAUUUCAUUCCUACUCGGACCACUUCUUAAGACUUUACGACAACGAAGACGCAGUUAAAACGGAUCUCGAUGGAAAUUCUAUGGCCAAUCUGUCCGUCACAAAUUCGUUGUCUUCUUGGCUUCGUGACCCGGAGAGUUUACAAAAAGACACUGGAAUACGGGAUAAGGAUGAGGUGUUUCAGAAUCUCAAGAUCGACAACAUCAAAAACCUCAAAUGGCCAGCGUUGAAGGUCGAGAAGAAGUAUGCUACAAUCAAUGACACGCCUGUCUCCUGGCGGCUCUUGACCACUCCCACCGCCCUUUCCCAAGCGGGUCGCAUUGGGGAACUGUUUGGCCUCGUUGGCUUUCAGAAAGAUUAUUGUGAGGAUCCCGAAAAUGGCUGGAAAGAUACCGUCCAUCCAAAACCCUUUGUGUUUUUUCAUCCGCGAUUACCUCUUUGUCUGGAUACGCGGCUGUCAGGAUCCAUCAUGAGAUAUACACGGCGUAGCUGCAGAGCAAACACAACCCUGGAGACCUUCAUUUUCAACAACGCCGAGUAUCACUUCUGGCUUGUCAGCGAAAGGCCUCUUACAGCCAAUGAGCAGAUAACCUUGCCCUGGGAUUUCCGGUUUCCAACGAAUGUGCGUUCGCGUUAUCUUCAUUUGCUGAACCUGGGGGAAGAAGACGGGUUGCCUUUCGAUGGCUCAAGUAUUAGCGACAUAGAGUACGAACAACUCACCGUCAUCAUUGACUUAGUACUCUCGGAACAUGGCGGUUGCGCCUGCGACCUUGGAAACGACUGUGCUUUUGUUCGAUUUCACAGGAAUUACAACGGAAGAUCGCAGCCGCAGUCGAAUGGAGGCAAAGCGAAGAAGGGCCGUAAGACUAAACAGAACCACGUCUCGCCCACCAGCACGGGUCAAGCUACCAACAGCAGAGCUGCAAGUGAAGGCCAGCAUGAGAAUGGCGACGACGAUGACAGCCGUUCAAUAUCAGGUUCUUCCCGCGGCAAACCCCACAGUCGAGAUUUGACGCCUUUGCAUGGCGUCAGUGAGUCCAAUGGCGCCAACCUGGACGCAUCGGAUCGCGAGAAACGGAAGCUUGCUAUGCUCGAGGACACGUUUCGCAAGAUGGAGCAAGGACCGCCUCGGAAGAAGAAACGGCCAUCUGACGGACCUGGUACGAACUCCGGCACAACACAAUCUUCUCAGAAGCAAAGACAACGAUCAGUUGUAGCUCGACCGUCUAUUUCGCAUUCGGCUGAAAAUGGCACCACUACAUCCCGAGGACGACAAUAUGUGGAUGCUAGUACUUCGAGGCGGCAGUCAGGGUCUCCCAAUAGUGCUACGUCUCCGACAGCAGUACUGCCAUCCACCAGUAACCAAACUCCACGAAAUGUGUCAUCCAACAGCGGCCAAGGGCCAUCGACACCUUCAAAGUGUGCUUAUACGGACUCCUCGGCCCAGACCGAUGAUGUGGAAGAUGCCUGGUGGAAAGAGUGUAAACCACGGACUAAGAGAAGGAUAAUCUCCCUCGGCCAGCGCUUGCUCAAGAACCGCCACAAGAUUCAGAUUCAUCAAGAGAAACAAAUGGAGCUACAAAUGGCAUAUGCGAUUGGUCGAGCUGAAAACGACUCUUCUCCUCUACUCACGAUGGAUUCCGGUGCACACAAUGAUGAGCAUUCCGGUGAGUCCCCGGUCGACUCCAAAGGUCGGCAUAUGAGCGUCUCUUCUUCUACGCCUUCGGUUGAUGCAGCCAUUUCAACAGAUGUAAAUAUGACUGAUGCUCCCACGAUUACGAUAAGCAAUUCAAUAAAACCUCCACCUCCACCAUGGCCGGGUCAGGUAAACACCGUUACGGCGCGUGCGCCUUCACCAAAUCAGCGGUCACCAGAGCUGAGGGUUCAAUUACCGCCUUCUCCGAGCUUCACUACCCAAACCAUCUCCGGGUCAAUGUCAGGUUCAGUCACUCCAUCUUCCGCGUCAGCAAUGGCACAGUCUCCCUUUGGCUCAUUACAUUUUCCAAUCGCAUUUUCAUCCUCGUCGGGCAACGGUGUGGCUCAGCAUCCCAGUCCAGUCAAGACCAAGAAAAUGAGUUUAAGCGAUUAUAAGGCUGCUAGGCUGAGGAAAAACGACACUGCUCACAGUGCCAACAAAUCACAAGGUGGCAGCAGCCCUACAAUACCACCAGCUGUACUGAAGCCUUCGCUGUCCACAAUCGAAGAGGCCAAAGCCAAUGGUUUCUUAGAAGGAUCGGCGCUAGUGGAAACUCCUACGGAAAAGGCCAUUGACCCAAUGACAAAUGCGACACUACCAUCAGAAUUUACCCACAAGGUUAAUGGGCCACCUCAGUUACUGAAUGGCACUUUGUAA